GCGCCGCACCCCAGAAUUAAAAUACUGGCAUCUCGAUCUGUGCGUGAAAAUACAGUACAAUAGACGGUUCCGCCGGGUUUGAGUAACGCACACGCCGGUCUGGAAAAUACCCAUCAGAACGUGCGCACGGCGGUGCCAGCUGCAACGCAACAAUAAGGCCUUUCAAACUGAUGCCACUGGGCCAAGCCUCCGGGUCAUUUCUAUUAGUGAAUGGGGGUUUUCUGUGGCGCUCAGGGGAUUAAACCGGCUGCGCAAAAGUGUUCCUGGACCCGCAGCAAUGUGGCGAACAUGUUUGACCAAAUUACUUUGUAGUGGUUUGCAUUAGGCUAUCGAAACUGCAUACGAAUUGAUCACCAUAUGGUAUGGCCCAGCUGAGUCCAGCUGCAGGGUCCAUUCCACUAUCCUCCCGACUAUUAGCUUUCAUUCCUACAUGUAGGAAGCUGCAGCCCAUAAACGGUGCAUCACUGGGCUGUCUCCGACUAUUUUAGUCAAACAAAUAAGAAACAAGCGGUGUGAGAAUAAUAUUUAUUCAUUCAUAUUUAUUUAGAGCUGCAAAAUAUCAACCAUCGUCUCAUUUCACAACACCGGGGAAAGGGUUUCUCAAACAAGUAAUAACAAAAGAUGUGACAGCAGCCAUUCCUCAGCCAGCAGGAAACGCCGACACGACAUCGCAGACACGGAACCAAAUAAACAAACAAUAGAUUACACAAUAAAUUUCCAACAAAAUGCAGGGCAAAUUUACCUUUCUGGUUUAUCCAUGUUUAAGGGCUCCUUCCUCUGGUCGUAGUUCAGAGAGGCUUCACUUCAGACGGAGAUCCCAGACAGACCGCAUCUGCACCUCCCGGCUCAAUACAGGCAUCAGCAGUCGAGAUGCAGUCAGUCCGUCUGCCAGCUGUCUAGUCGGACUGCUUGAGCUCAUGGCCUGAUACUCUGUUAAAGUGAUCAAACAGCGCCUACUGGUUAGAAAAUAAAGCAGCAAACCAAACAACGGCUAAUGGGAAUUUUGAAAAUAGAUUUUUACUAUUACAUUCACCGCAAAACACAAACAAUCCACUUCAUUUUCCAUGGGAUUUUACACGCUUCCUACCUCUGUAUGCGGUGGAAAUUUGACUACGAAGUUGCAUUUCAUCAUCAGUUGCCACUCGGGCCUAAUUCACCAGCGCACAAUGAAUUUCCGUCCAGCUCAUUCCUUCUGCAUCAUCAAAGUUGACAGCAAAAACAUACAAAGUUUCUGAAGUUCUCUGUCUAUGACAAAACCGACGGCUGACGCCGCCGAUUAUUGACCUCCACCAAUAUGGUUUCACUAACAAUGAUCGCUCGGGUAUCGGACGGACUGCCGCUCGCUGCGUCAAUACAGGAGGAUGAACAGUCAGGAAGAAACCUCCAGCAUUACCAGAGCCAAGCCAAGCAGCUGUGCCGUAAACUGAAUGCUCAGAGUCCAGACCGCUGUACCCUGGAGGCCGGGGACAUGAACUUUCACUAUUUAAUAGCUAAGGAUGUAUGCUACCUGUUCCUCUGUGAGGCUUCAUUUCCCAGAAAGGUUGUGUUUGCAUACCUUGAAGACCUCCACAGUGAGUUUCAUGACCAGUACGGGAGAAGAGUGCCCACAGUAACGAGGCCAUACUCUUUCAUCGAGUUUGACACAUACAUUCAGAAAACAAAGAAGUCAUACAUUGACAGCAGGUUCAGGAGGAACCUGGGCAGUAUUAACACAGAGCUGCAGGAUGUCCAGAGAAUUAUGGUGGCAAAUAUUGAGGAAGUUCUGCAAAGAGGAGAAGCUCUUUCUGCUCUAGACACAAAAGCCAACAAUCUAUCCUCCCUGUCGAAGAAGUACCGCAGUGAUGCCAAAUAUCUAAACACCCGCUCCACGUAUGCAAAGGUGGCUGCUGUGGCAGUGUUCUUCAUCACACUAAUCAUCUAUGUGCGUUUCUGGUGGCUCUGAUAGACUCUUAAACAAGGACUAUGACAUAAGGGAGAGGGUGUUCCUUUUUGCUAAGCGUUUAAACAGAUACUGUUACAUUUCUAUUACAUACCAGGAGGCCUUAAAGUGGUCAUAUACAGUCUAUCCCUACUGAAGGUAGAAAUUCUGCUUUGCAUUAUACUGCUUGAUAUGUAUUCAGCAUAAACUGAGCCAUAGGUCUGUGAUGGGACUAAAAAUUUCUUCUCUCUGUAUGGAAGCAAAUGCUCCAUGGUGAGUUCACGUAGCUCUGUUAACUGGAAUAUUAAGGGCGGGGUGUUGCUAAAUUAACGUUUACACACUGGUAUAGGGAGUUUCAGCAUUAAGGAGAAACUAUGUAUGCAGAGGUUAUGUAAAAAGUCUUAUUACUGUGAUAAAAUGUUUAUUGUUCAGAAAGUUUACAUUGUAACAAGUUCUUAUUGAAAAGAUUAAAUAUUUAUCAAAUUGUA